UAAUUAUUGCUACAUUAAAUAACUAUUUGUAACAUUAACAAAUUUUACAUAUUAACUAAUAUAUUAUAGUGUUAUAAAGCAAAGAUUGCAUUAAUUAUGCAUUUAUGCAAGAGCUUUCUGUAAAACUACUGUAACACAAUUAAAUGUAGCGCCUAAGUUGUGCGCGUUUACAAUUUUCGAUUUAAAUUUGAAUUCUUACAGUGUAUCGUUUUACAAACUUAGCUUUAUUUUACUCAAAAACAUAAAAUUCCCGUAAAGUUGUUACUAUAGUUUCUCUAACAUAUGAAAUCCAUCACGUACACAACAUUAUGGUUCACUACUCAUUUUAAACGGUGUUUGUACUUUGAAUCGAGAUUAUAAAUGAAUGCGAAACAGUAUUAUCAACGUCAUCAUGCCUAUUUACCUUCGAAAGAUACCGUAACUUCUUCGGUUCCAAAUAAAGCAGACGAGGCGUAAGAAAAUAUAAGAGAGUCUGAAAUCGGAAUCGUUGAUAGUGAAUCACUGCAGCUCUGAGUCACAGAAUCUACCGAACAGUAUUUUUAAACUACUGAUGUUUUCGAAUGCUUGGAAUGACUUUAUCGAUAAUUAAUUUUCCACCAAGUAACAUCAGAUUACAAUUACAAUUAUCAAUUUCUUAUUUUUUAAUGUAAUCCCAAAAUCCUUCAUUUUCAUUCAUACGUCGAUUACAAACUCUUUGUUUAUACGUUAUUCCAGUAACCUUUUGUCCACGCUAUAGUUUUAUUUUAAAUAUUUCAGUCAGACUAUUUAUAUAUUACACGUUUUAAAUUUAAUGCAAAUUUCUUACUAUUACUCACAGAGUUUGAAAACGACUCAUCCCAAAGCUCGUUAUAAAGAUUGCAAGUGUAUGCAAAUUCGAAAUAUUAUGAAAACGAUUAUUUCAGCCUCUUUCACAGAUAAUUUUCUCUGCGUUUACCAAGAUCUACUAACGUUUACACGUUAUUUAGCCAGAAUUUGUCCUAUGUUUUCGUUAAGUGUAUUAAAUGGCUCCUUCAGCACGUGUAUGUUAUCUGGUUGGUAGUUGAACCGUCAUUAUCAAGGAGCAAACUGGGGACUGGGGCCGAUAAGGGCCAUCGUCCGGUUGUCAAGUAAACGCUCGUCAAGUUUUCAUUCGUUAGUAUUGCUCGUGCUUCCGUUUGGAAGGUCUGACGCGCUGGCUCGUUGCCCGUUAACGGUACGCGUUUACUUUCGUUUACCACAGAAAUUUUGCCGACCUCGAACAAAUAAAAAGGAUCCAAUUUCUAUGCAGCCUUCUAUCGUACUAACUGAAGCGCCCUUCCGGUUCCGUCGUUAAGUGUCUGCUUUCAGUUGAAUAUCGAAGGAGCAGGGUCCAGCUCGACUGCCGGGAAAAAUGGACACGAUGAAACCCGGCUGGUUCAGCGAAAUCAAUGAUCUGUGGCCAGGUGUCUCGUUGUCACUCGAGGUUGUCGACAUACUCCAUCGGGAACGGUCGCGGUAUCAAGACGUGAUGGUGCUCCAAACGAAAUCACAUGGAAAGGCCCUAAUUUUAGAUGGUAUCAUACAAUGCACGGAGAGAGACGAAUUUUCAUAUCAAGAGGCGAUCGCCUUUUUACCGCUGUGCAGCCAUCCAAAUCCAAAAACGGUUUUAAUAGUUGGAGGUGGAGAUGGAGGGGUUGCUCGGGAAGUCGCGAAACAUCCGGACGUAGAAGGGAUCGUGCAAGUCGAGAUUGACGAAAAAGUAUUGGAGGUUUCCAAAAAAUAUUUGCCUCUGUUAGGCGCAGGACUGGAUCAUCCUAAGGUCACUCUUAAUAUAGGCGACGGCUUUGAAUUCUUGAAGAAACAUGUGGGACAAUUCGAUGUUAUAAUUACGGACAGCAGCGAUCCUGUCGGUCCAGCUGAGUGUUUAUUCCAAGAAUCGUACUUCAGCGCGAUGAAAAAUGCGUUGAAACCUGGUGGAAUCGUUUGCAGUCAAGCAGGAACUGCAUGGGCCAAUCUCGAUCACGUAACUCAAACUCUCCAACACUGUAAAUCGGUGUUCCCGGUUGCAUCUUAUGGAAUCGUGGCGGUGCCAACUUAUCCUACAGGACAGAUUGGUUUUGUCCUCGGCAGUUUGAGUACCGAAACGAACUUCAAAGAGCCAAAGAAAGUUUUUAGUAACGUCGAUCUGGAUCAAAUGAAAAUGAAGUACUACGACGACGAAGUGCAUCGAGCUGCAUUCGUUUUGCCAAGGUUCAUAAGGAAAGCAUUGUACCAAAUAGGUGACAAGUAACUAUACAGUUUGCUAGUUGACCAUAGAGAAAAAAAGGGCUGAAUCUGAUUGAACAAGAAUAUUAAUUAAGACAAUUGCAUCAUUGUUAUUACAUUAUCACCAGCUGCAUCGGAAUUGCACGGAAUCGUAUUGACAACGAUUAAUUCAUACUGAAACGAACAAGCUAGAGUCGUAUAAUUAGCUAAAUUAAUUAAUCGAGUGACUGU